UGGUCGCAUGGUGCUGGGGAGGGGCAGGGUGGCCCGGUGAGAGGAGCACGGGGCUGGGAAUCCGGAAGGCUGGAUUUUAUUCCUGACUCUGCCCCUAAUUUGAGUGGGCUCAGCUGAGCCACUUCUCCUUCUCUCUGCCUCAGUUCCCCCACUGGUGAAGGACUUUGCCUUUCUCUGAAGCAUCCAGUAUCAGCAGCUGCUGGAGCCAGGACGCGAUGGGUCAAUAGACUGAUGGUUUAAUGUGGCUGGGGGGGAAUCCAGGGCUGCUGAUUCAUACUCCAGUGCCCUGCCCGCUGGACUGCAGCUAGCUACCUCCAGGCUUCAGGGCUUAGACACCCGAGGGCACAGUUGGAGCAGCUGGAACAUGGAUCGGUUCCAGCCUGGUAGUGCUGGGAUUCGAACACACCUCCCUUUCCAGGGUUUGGGGUGAGAAUUGUCCCCUGCAUCCGCCUUGCUCCCCAUGCACUGGGGCACGUCGUGCUGUUUCUUUGCAGCAGGCCAGCUCCAGUCUUCGAUCAUUGGAGGCCGCGAAGCAUUGCCUCACUCCAGGCCCUACAUGGUGUCUAUCCACAAAGGAGGCCUUCCCGCCUGCGGGGGAGUCCUAGUCCACGCCCGCUGGGUGCUGACUGCUGCGCACUGCUACUCCGACCUGAUUAAGGGUCCCAUCAGGGUGAUGGUGGGUCUCCAUCGGCAGCCCAGGGGAAAUGCCCGAGUGCAGGUCUUCACUGUCGCAAAGUUUAUCCCGCAUCCUUCCUACAGCCGCACGACCAUGGCAAAUGACAUCAUGCUGCUCAAGCUGGGCAAGAAGGUGGUUUGGAACAAGGAGACGAGCCUUCUCCCGCUGUCCAAGAAGAAUCCGGCCCCGGGGACCCCGUGCAGCGUGGCUGGCUGGGGGAGGUUCAGAGAGGGAAGCAAAUAUUCCCCCGUCCUGCGUGAACUCGAUGUCAAGGUGAUGGACAUCAGGAUGUGCAACAACAGCCGGUACUGGCAUGGCGAGGUCACCAGCACCAUGAUGUGCAUCGAAGGGAUCGAGAAGGGCUCUGCCCCCUGCCAGGGUGAUUCCGGGGGCCCUGUGGUGUGUGGCAAGAAAGCGGAGGUAGCCGGCGUGAUCUCCUUCACGGGCAAAAGCUGCGUCGACGUGUUCAAACCGCCUGUCGCGACGGCUGUCUUUAAAUACAAGACGUGGAUCAAAAAAUACCUACGCUGGGGCCGAGCCCUGUGACUGCAGCAUCAUCUGUAAGCUUGCCUGUCCGUCCCCUCUGCCGUGUAUUGACCCCUCAUGGCUUCCCUGUGCUGCCCAGGUUAGAGAUCAGCUCACUCACCCAGCCGCGUGUGCCUUAUCCAUCCGUCCGGGCACUGCUGGUGCAAACCCCCCGCCCGUGCCUACCUGUUCUCUUACAGAGGUUUCAACUCUGUCCUCCUCUCUCUCAGGCCUGGCAUGCAAACUGCCUGCCUGCGUCACACUUCUUGCUGCUGAUUUGAAAUAAAAGUGAAACCUC